AUGGCUUCGGAAUACCACUAUGGUCCCAAUACCGGUAUCCAGAUAGGAGCCAAUUAUGGCUCUAUCACGGCCGAGCUUCAUCCGCCCAAGCGACAGAAGACUUCCCACCAUGACCGAUUACCCGCCCUGACACACGAUGAAUACACCAUUGCCUGGGUGUGCGCGUUGCAUAUAGAAAUGGCAGCAGCUCGAGCUAUGCUAGAUUAUAUACAUCAACCCCUGCCAACCCAUGCGGGCGACACCAACACCUACGUCCUUGGAAGCAUCAAGCAACAUCAGGUUGUCAUUACGUGUUUGCCAGCAGACCAGUAUGGAACAAAUAACGCGGCGACAGUUAUGACCAACAUGAAACGUACCUUCACAGCAGUCCGUCUUAGUUUGAUGGUCGGGAUUGGGGGUGGUGUGCCUAGCAUGUGCGAUAUUUAUUUGGGUGAUGUCGUCGUCGGAACAAGGGUGAUGUAUCGAAUCCCGUCUAUUCUACAGCAAAAGCUAGAGGUCAACACCGAUUAUAGCCGCCCAAACUCACCAGACCAUCUUUUUUUGGCAGCAUAUGACCAUGUUUCACCACUAAUGGCUGCCUGUGGUGGAUGUGAUCAUUCAAAAAUAGUGCCACGGCGCAAGCGGCCAGCGGACAAAAUAGUGAUUCACUACGGCGCAAUCGCUUCAGGAAACCAAGUCAUGAGACACGGCAUUACCCGGGAUAAUGUUGCUCAAGAACUAGAUGUUAUAUGUUUUGAGAUGGAGUCUGCUGGCUUGAUGGAUAUUCUUCCUUGUCUUCCAAUUCGAGGGAUCUGCGACUACUCUGAUUCCCAUAAGAACAAAGACUGGCAAAGAUAUGCCGCAGCAACUACGGCCGCAUAUGCCAGAGAGUUGAUCGAGGAAAUAUCUGUGACCAAAAGUCGUGCAGACUUGAACGGCAUACCUAACACGCAUGAAUUGCUGUCUCGUGGACGUCGGGAGUGCUUGUUAGAGGCUCUGAACUUUGACCAAAUUGACUCUCGUAAAUUGAACAUCAAAGCAACGCACGCCAAGACAUGCCAGUGGCUUCUGGGCCAUCCAUACUACGAAGAGUGGCUUAAUCCAAUCAAGUUGGCACAACACCAUGGCUUCCUAUGGAUCAGCGGUAAACCAGGCGCUGGCAAGUCGACAAUCAUGAAGUUCGCCUAUUCAAACCUCAAACGCAACGCUUACUUCAAAAGUACUACAAUAGCGUCCUUUUUUUUCAACGCUCGAGGUGAUAGCUUAGAGAAGUCAAUCAAUGGGAUGUAUCGAUCGCUACUCCUACAGCUACUUGAAGGGUAUCCUGAGCUGCAGACGGUUUUAGAUGAUCCUGAAGCCGUGCCGCGAAGCCAGAGAGGUUGCCCUUCUCUGAAUGUUCUUAAAGAACUCUUUUGCAGUGCAGUUUCCGCUCUUGAUAAACGGCUGUUCACUUGUUUUAUUGAUGCUCUCGAUGAGUGUGACGAGCAGCAAAUCGUCAAUAUGGUCCAAUGCUUCGAAGAUCUGGCAGAGCAAUCUACAGCUAGGGGAGUUGCAUUCCGAGUCUGUUUCUCUAGUCGACAUUAUCCCUAUAUCUCCAUCCAACGAGGGAUUCGACUUACACUAGAGGAUCAGCUAGGACAUAUGGAAGACUUAGCAGCCUACGCCGCAUCGCGUCUUAUAGUUAUAGACCGAAUUCUUAAUGAGGAUCUGCGAUUGAAGAUUAUCGAGAAAGCUGCUGGUGUCUUUAUAUGGGUAGUUUUGGUUGUUGAUAUACUGAACAGAGAGGAUAGACGAGGCGGAAUGUUUCUGAAAAAGAGACUCGUGGAAAUACUAAGCGACUUAAGCGAGCUAUUCAAAGACAUCCUAAGCCGUGAUAAAGAUAAUAUGGAAGCCAUAUUGCUUUAUGUCAUCUGGAUUCUUUAUACAUAA